AUGGCUGAUGCUUACGACAAUGUUGAUGCCCGCGAUGUCGACCAAAGCAGUGUAGCGUCGUUCAUGAACAUCAAACAUUCAUCGCUGAUCCAUGAGAGGAAUGUUUCGCCGCCCCCUCCUCUUCAUCAUCAUCAUUACCACAAAAUCAACAGACGUAAUGAUUUUGGUGAUGAUGAUGAUGACAACGGUGAUGAUAGUAAUUAUGCCGAUGAUGAUGACGAUGAAAGUUGGCACAACUAUGGUGCUGGCAAGCUUCUGGCCUGGAAUAACAAAUCCUCAUUCACUAGAUCACGUGUUUUCAGAUUUAAAAAACCAGUGGUGAGGACAAAGAUGGUGAGACACACCUCCAUACAGACCACCCCCACAAACGAGCUGACUCAUCAACUGACGCACUCAACUGAAACGAACACCGCCGAUGAAGACGCGCAAAAUGUCUACCACUCCUUCAACAACAGUCCUCUCGUCGAAGUUGAUCACGUCAGCGGUUUCUUCAACCAUAAAAAUAACGUCAAUCAGAAAAGUAGCGGUAGCGAUAAACUAACUGUCAGAACGCAUAACAGCGUACCUGCUCUCCUCACCAAUGCUAACAAUCGUAACAUCAACAAAAAUCAUAACAUCAACAGAACAAACAUCACAAUGAACGGUUACAACAACAACAACAACAACAAAAACAACAACACCAACAACAACACCAAUAAUGAAAAUAACAUUACAAAAAACAGCACUUUCAAAAAUAACAUCAACUUAAAUAACAUUAAAAAGAGCGAUGUACCUCUCAUUAAAUCAUCGGUGAGCAACGCACUGAACACGAUGAACUUGUCAAAUGGAAGCAGAACGACUGGACUCAAACAGAGAAGAAAUUCUGAUGAAGUCGGAGUCGGUAGGGAAUCUGAAACUACGAAACCACCACUAAUUCCAACUCAUCUUUCCAUUCCUCUUCCUCCUCCACCACCACCACCACCACCACCACCACCGGCUCCACCGGUGAAUCUACAUCAACAGCCCCAACUCAACACCUCAAUGAAGAGAAUUAAUUGGGAGAAGAUUGAUAAGGUUGAUGAUGAUACUAUAUGGGCUAAGAUAGACAAGGAGAAGAGUGAUAACCUCGACGACAUCGUCAAAUAUUUAGAACUGGAGCAAAAGUUUAGCACCAAGAUCAACACAUUGGCGAUUUUGUUGGGACAAACGCGGCUGGACGUGAACGAAUUCAAGAGGAACCUGAUACAGUUUGACGACAGCAAGUUCAAUCAUGACAUCAUCAAACAACUCAUCAAUUUUGCUCCUGACAAUAAUGAGAUGGCGAAAUACGAAGAGUACAGAGGUCUAUUGAGCGAUCUGAGUGAGGCCGAUCGAUUCACUUACCAGGUCGUUAAAAUCCCUGCAUACAAGGCAAGACUUCAAGCCCUGCUCUUCAAAAUGACCUUUCAAGAAAAAGUUUCAGAAUUAACCAGCAAACUGACAACGUUAAGGAAUGCUUGUUCUGAAUUGAUGAAAAGUAAGAAGUUAACUCAAGUUCUGGAGGUUGGGUUGAUGCUGCUUUCGACGUUCUUGUGA